AUUAGAAGGUCCAAAACUGGACCUGCACAGCCUCUGAGCAUGAACGAAGGGGCCUGUUUAGGAAACUCGACGCUUGGCUAUACUUUCCUAGUCACGUGCAGCGCUGUUUCGGCUAAGGCUGCUGCCUUCGGCUUAGCCACCUCCUUCAACCACCCGCCCCCCGCUGCCCAAACCUUACCUGCUCUAACUGCUAUCUACGCAUUAAAAGCCUUACAGAAAGGUAAGAAGGCACUGUAGUCUAUUACCUGUGUUACUUUUCGUCCUAGUUGUUCCCUCCACGUUCGAUAGUACGG